AUGGAUCUUCCUCCGGCCCCGACGCCCCCCGUCAACAGCGGUGUAAUGCCCUCCAACACGGACCGAACGGCGAGUUUGUUGAACCUGCUCAAGUUCAGCAGCGGGGCGGGCAGCUCCAACGCCCAACUUCAGCAGCAGCAUCAAAAGCAGCAUCAGCAUGCGCAGCAGUCGCAUCACCAGCAGCAGUCUCGCGAGCCUAGCUAUUCACAGGCCCAGUACUCAUCACCUCCGACCCGUAUCCUUCAGCCUGCGCCUGCUGGGGCUGAUCCAACAGGACUGCUUGCUGCCUUGAUGCGGGGCGCUCACGAUUCUCAUGACACCGAUGAUGAGUCUCGACAAGCUGCCCCUACUGCUCCUGGCCCUGCUCCUGGCCCUGCUCCUGCCGGCCAUGAAACUGCACAGCAUACCCAGCCGGCCAAUGCGAACCCAUUUGCAAACGGCUCGCCGUCGGCCGAUACCAGGUCAUUUCUUCUCAACUUGCUGAACCGUCCCAAGCCAAGCCAGACCGACCAGCCCGUGUUGACCGAAACGCCACGAUCCAAUGGUGCAGCAUCUCAGUCGCCAGAAAUUACCACCGAUUCAAAUCGUUUCUUCAACCAGUAUCAACAUCAACAGGCGCAGCCGCAACUCAAUGCCUAUCUGCAACAGGCUCAGCAGCAUGCUCCGUCUCAGUACCAGCCGCAUCAGCCCUCUGACUCCUACAACGAGGCCCACCGUCCGGUUUCCAAUUCUUCAUCAUAUGCCUAUCAGCAGCAACAGUCACAGGACUCUCCUGCUGACAUGUCCGCUCUGUUUCAGCAGAUUAUGGGGAGCCUGACUCAAUCCUCUCCGCAGUCGCACACGUCUCAGCCUGCUGCACACCCGCCACAACCGCCUUUUCAGAUUCUCAAAAAAGGGCAGUCCUCACCCACUGUUUCCCAGCCUCGUGCUGGGAGUGAACAUAGCCCCGUGGCGAGCCCCCCAGACCAGAAUCGCCACGCCACCAACCGCACAUCAUCUCUCCACUUGCGUCCGUCUACCUCGCGGUCGCCCAAACAGACUUCCUCGGCCUCAGCCUCGGCCUCGUUUGAGAGUUCAGUCUCUGUGCAGAAAUACAAGGAGACUGUCGGUGAGACUGUGGAUGACUUGGAUGACCAGAUUCUCGAGGGGGUCCAGGAGGCGCUUGGCAGAGCCGAGCAUGGCUUUAUCCCCGCCGGUUUUGCCGAGGAUGAGCAACUUAAGGAGACCUCUGCGGGUCAGGAAUGGCCAAGCGAGGUCGCUCACGCCGACAUUGUCAAGUCAGUUGAGGAGGAGAUUGUUCGGAACAUCAAAGAUGAUCUUGAAAAGGAAGAUGUUUACCGCGCUGCUGAGACACUGUAUAUCAACGACGCCUCCGACUCUGCCAAUGCCAUACGCGAGAACGCCCGUUGCGUAGCCGAUAGCUGGGAGAGUGCUGAAGUGGAAGAGACCAUUGAGGUGGAAGAAACAGAGCUACCACAAGUUCGCGUGUACAAGUUCCCUCAAGAGCCGUGGAACUCUAUUUCUCUCAAGGAAGAAACAGACGAAAUCAGACCCGAGUUCCGUGACGAGUCCACCAUGGAUAUCGCCCGUCUCAAGAAGGAAUUUGACCAAGUCGAUCGCAACCUCUUCACCGCUUCUCAGACAUACAUGACUUACGGCAUGUCGAAGCUGGGCGGUCUACGUGUCAUUCGUCAAGAUGAUGGCAAGGAUGCCAAGGUGUUUACUGACACCAAGGAUCGUAUUUUCAACGUCGCCAUUUCCGUCACCCCUCCCGAAAGUGGAAAUGUUCAUCGGGAAGCCAUCAUUGGUACUGGUGUCGGCGGUGCGGUCUACUGGGUACUGAUCAAGGACGGCGAGAAGGAUCACAUUGAGGAUCCGCACUUGGAGCAGUAUGGUUUUGCCCUUCCUCCCAUCUCUUCUCAUGAUGGCGAUGCCCCUGGCGGUCUUUUGAAGACGCGGGCUCGCGCUUCCACUGCCCACCCCGAGUUCUUCGCCGUCGGGCGUGGCAAAUCCAUCAACUUCAUAUGGCCAGCCUACAUUCUCCAGCAGAAGCUGUUCAGGGCCGGCCACGAUCGUGUUGUCGAUACUGAAGCUCUUCUUGCCCAAAGCUCUCUCAAGAUAAACACUGGCAAGGCCGGCAAAGAUUUCACAUUCAGCCAAGAUGAUUCAGUCGUCGUUUCUCUUGACAAAUCCGGGCGGGUCAAGUUCUGGGAUGUUCGUCAACUCACCAAAGCCAAGGAAGACUCUGACUACCGCUAUCCUCUGCCCGCUCAAUCGUCCCUGGAGGUCAAGGAUCCUCUGUUGACUUUGGCAACCACUCCUGAGGGCGAGAAAGCCUGGCCCACCUCGGUCCUGUUGCUGGAUAGGAAGAAGGCGUACGAGCAGCGAGGCCCUCUUCGCUACAUGGUGGUUGGUAUGAAGCAAAACCACACCCUCCAGGUCUGGGAUCUGGCUCUGGGCAAGGCCGUGCAAGAGCUCAACCUCCCCCAUAGCAAGGAAUCCGACGCCGUUUGCAGCGUCAUGUACCACCCCGCCAGUGGCAUGAUUGUCAUUGGUCAUCCCACUCGCAAUUCAGUUUAUUUUGCGCACUUUUCAGCUCCCAAGUAUAGCCUUGAGAGCAUAUCCCAAGUCGACUACAUUGAGAAACUUCUUUUACCUUUGAAACCCAACGAAGCUUGCCCAAUUCGACAGCCGAGUAGUACAGCUAUCAUUAGUGGUUUCCGCGAGUACUCAUUCGCUAAUCGAGGAGUGCUGCGCAGCCUGGACAUUCUCUACACCCCGAUCACGAAGCAGGCAACGGCACAGACGGCGGGCCAGGACACCAAAGAAAAAGAUCGUCUCCGAUUUGAACUGUAUGCGAUGCACUCCAAGGGCGUGGCCUGUGUGCUGGUCAAGAAGAGUGAUUUGGGGGGAUCCGACAACACCCUUGUGCUCGAUGCGGUGAAGGAGGGGCUUGUCACCGUUUCCGACUUCAAUAAGCCUCAGCCCGUUAAUCCUGCUCAUGGCGGAAACCAGCAAGCUAAGAACCCUACCCAUCGUGCCGCAACCAAGCAGUCGCCAAGCCAACAGCCCACAUCGACCGUACAUAGCGAUGCUACUCAGCGUGGAGCUGACGCAGUCACUCCCGCAAACCCGAAUAACGAGGCGAAAGAGACCGAGACUCCUGCUCAGUCCUCUAAGGAAGGCCAGGUCGAAAAGCCCGAGCGCAAAUCUCGAAAAAAGAAGGGCAAUGCUGCUGCCAAAGAAGCCGAAGCCGGUGCCAAUGGAGCUACCAACUCAACCCGAGGGACGCAAGACGGCAGGACCGAAUCUGCUGCAAAAACAAACAACGCGGCAGCCGUUGCCUCGGGUGUGACUUUGGAGGUUCUCGACUCUACCAUCAACGUCAUGCAGACACGUUUAACGUCAGCUGUAUCUGACGCUCUGAAGUCCUCUUUCAAAAGUCUGCAGGGCAAGAUCGAUGAAGGAGGUCGACUUCGGGACGAGAAUUUUAAUCAGCACCAGGUCAAGCUUUUAGACAUGGUAUCGGAGGUGCUCAACGAGAACACGCAAAAAGUUUUAGAGUCCCUGAUUCAUCAUCAGUUUACCGAACUGUUGGUUCCCGCUAUUGGUGAGAAGGCCACCAAAGCUGUAUCUGACGUGGUUCAACAUAAGCUGCAACCCAAUGUUGCGUCGGCCGUGCAGAAGGAAAUCCAAAAUGCCCUGCCUCAGGCACUGAACAGGUCACUUCGAUCCGUGGACUUUGCGACGGCCAUUGCUGAGCGCGUUGGUGCCAGUGUUAACACGACUGUGCAGCAGGAGAUGGCGGCUACGCUCAGCCAGCGCCUGACUCCUACGCUUCGAAACCUUGCCACGCAUUCAGCCCAGCAAGCUGUUGCCGAAGUUCACCAGCAGUACAGCGACAAGUUUGAACGGAUGCAGUCCCAGCAAGUUAGCGACAGCAACAAGAUCGAUCAGCUACUUUCGUACGUAUCCACACUCACAGACAUGGUAUCCACCAUGGCUGCGUCCCAGUCCUCACUUCAGGCCGAGUUUCUGAAGUUGAAACAGCAGCCCGUACAUGAGCUGCCGGGCGUUUCCGGCCUUCAACGUCAAACCAGCCCUGGCUUCCGAGGCUUUGGUCCCCAGGGAGGCUAUUCCAACAGUGGCUUCCUGACAGGACCGAACCCACACCAGAACUUCGCCAGCUAUCAGACAACUCAGCCUCGGCCGAGUCCACCUUACCAACAGCGGCAGCAACAAUACGUGACUGGGCCUGACUAUCUGCGCGGUGGUCAGUAUAUGGGAAGCCCUCAUGAUUCCACUUCUCAGACGGAUUUAACUUCUGCAAGCAAGAUGGCCUCGGUAGGCGGCGCCUUUGCCAACAGCAGCAGCAAUGUCGACACCGAGGUGGACAAGGAGGUCCAUGAAGUUGAGAUGCAGAUCAAGGAGGAUAAGCUGCAGGAAGCGUUACUCAAAUGGAUCAAAGGCGGCUAUCAAAAAGAGGUCUUUCAGCGUUGCCUGAGCUUGCAUUUGCCCAGUCGAUUUGAACAUUUGCCGCCAGUGCUGCUUUUGGCCGCCAUUGGUGCCAUUUCGAAAGACCUGGAUGUCAACAAUUUCAUCAAACAGCGAAUUGACUGGAUUGAGAUGGCCGUGCGAUCUAUUGACCGAAGAGCCGCGGAACGCGAUUGGAAGGACCUCGGACACGCAGUGGUGAAACAGGCAUACGACACCAUUUGUUGGUUCAUUGGAAAACUGAACACAUUGAUGGAAAAAUAUGACAAUAGUUAUCCAAAGGAGCGACGAAGGCUGGAAUGGAUUGUGGGAUCAUCGGAGCACAUUUUGCAGACGUUGGACCGCUCCCAGCGCUAG